UAGCACGAGGUUUGACAGCUAGACAGCCAAACAUGGCGGCUGCUAGCUAGAGCAGCUAAACAACACCUGUGUCUUUUAUCGUCACUGUCAGCGGUCAGAAGACCAGCAGGCCCGGGAAGGAGUCACGGAAACACACGGUGAACGUCGCUCAUCUCGCCCCUGUCCUGGUUUUUAUUUCCCCGUUGUCCGGUAUGUGACGGCGGGCUGUUAGCCUCAGAGGACGGAGGACAACAACAACGGGCUGAGGGCGGACUGUUCCUGUUUAGCUUCUUCACCUGUCUGCCGACAUGUCUCACAGGUAAUCUCAGGCCUCUAUGUGAACCAGCCCCUCACUCCUUCCUAAUCCCCACCAGCGAAGACCUCCACCUCACCCUCCACUGGGUCCCAGCUGCAGCCUUCGAUGGCCCUUGACUCCCUGUCUGUGUCUUCCCUCCUGUCUGGGGAUUUAGACGAUGAAGGAGAUGGUGGAAGAGGAGAGGAAGACCUUGGAGACCUAGAAGUGAACCCAUAUGAUGGUUUGCCCUUUUCUUCACGUUACUACGCCCUGCUGGAGGAGAGGCAGCGGUUCCCUGUAUGGAGGCUCAAGCAGAGUCUGCUGGAACACCUGGAGAGCCACAACAUGGUGCUGCUCAGUGCACCCAGUGGCACUGGAAAGAGCACCCAGGUGCCACAGUGGUGUGUGGAGUACGCUCUGUCCUACGAGUUCUCCCAGGGUCUGAUCUGCUGCUCUCAGCCCUACUCUGUGGCAGCAGUGAGUCUGGCCCUCCGUGUGGCCGAUGAGAUGGACCUCAGUUUGGGUCUGGAGGUGGGCUACAGGGUAUCUCACGAUGACAGCUGCACACCUGACACCCUUCUCAGGUUUGUCAGUGACUCUCUGCUGUUGGAGGAGUUGAUGUCAGACCCUCUACUGCAUCAGUACAGUGUGGUGGUGUUGGAUGAGCUCCAGGAGCGCACCGUGCCCACCGACGUGCUGCUGGGCCUGCUGUGUGACGUCUGCCGCCAGAGGCCGGACAGCUUUCGGGUGGUUCUCCUCGCUCACCCAACCCUGGCGCCUCGCCUCUCUGCCUUCCUGGGACCCUCCGUCCCUCACCUUUCCCUGGACGGCCUGCUGGCCGACCCUGCUACAGGACAUCAGGAGGAGGGGGGAGGGGUGGAGGAGGACAGGAAGAGUAUGGAAAUGAACAGAGUAGAGACGUUGUACAGGGAGCUUACAUCUGGGAAGGAGCCUGUGGCUGCUGCUUGUCACAUGGUGCUGGACCUUCACAGAAGAGGAGAGGAAGGAGACGUGAUGGUGUUUUUGGCCAGUGCACAGGAGAUAGAGGAGUGUGUGACUCUGCUGGAGAAGGAGUGUGUAGCUCUCAGUCCUCAGCUCGGUCCUCUCAGGAUCCUCCCCCUCCACGCUGGACUGGGUGGACAGACCCAGCGGGUCUACGAGUCCGACCCAGAGUCUUCAACACUGAGGGAGAACGACAGCUCUCAGAGCGCGGACGUCAGCUCGGUGCUGGGAGCUGGGGGUGCAGGGGUCAAGAGGAAAGUUAUCGUCACGGAUACGCUGUCAGAGGCUUCGUUCUCCCUGCCAGGCAUCCGCUACGUCAUAGACACAGGCCUUCAACUCAAGACUGUUUACAAUCCACAAAUCAGAGCCAACUCACAGGUCCUGAGGAUGAUCAGCAAACACCAGGCCAACAUGCGAGCUCAGAGGGUCAACAGCCACCUCCCAGGGCUGUGUCUGCGUCUGUACCCCCAGUCUCUGUAUGAUGAGGGGAUGGGGGAGGCUCAUUGUCCAGGGGUGGUGGAGGAAAACCUCAGUCACUUGGUGCUCAUGCUGAAGAGGCUUGACAUCGCCGACAUGGGACAGUGCAAGUUCCUGGACAGACCAGCCCCUGAGGCCCUGAUGCAGGCUUUGGAGGACCUGGACUACCUGGCAGCUCUGGAUGAUGACGGGAACCUGUCGGAGGUGGGGAUCAUAAUGUCGGAGCUGCCGCUGGAGCCGUCGCUGGCUAAAGCCCUGAUCGCCGCCUGCGAGUACGACUGUGUAGACGAGCUGCUCACUAUAGCUGCCAUGCUCACAGCACCUUCCUGUUUCAUGAUGGCAGACCCCAGCAGAGAGGAAGCUGCUGUGUCUCACUGGAGACCUCUGAUGCACACAGAGGGAGAUCACAUGACCCUCAUUAACAUCUAUAAGGCGUUCACAGAGCAUAAUCAGGAUGAGGCGUGGUGUACGACAAACUUCCUCAGUCACGCCUCCUUACGAUUGGCUACAGUGAUCAGGGCGGAGCUGCUGGAGGUGAUGCAGCGCAUAGAGCUCCCUGUUUCUCCUCCUGCUUUUGGUUGCCAGGACAACUGCACGAAUAUCAAGCGCGCUCUCAUCUCAGGCUUCUUCCUCAAAGUUGCUCAUGAUGUGGACGGCUCAGGUAACUACCUCCUGCUAACUCACCGCCACGUGGCUCACCUGCAUCCCUUCUCUUCCUACCUGUGUCGCCAGCCGCGCCCCGACCCCCCCAGCUGGGUCCUCUACCACGAAUUCACCAUCUCCCGCGACAACUGCAUCCGCAUCGCUUCAGAAGUCCACCCCCAGAUGCUGGUGGAGCUGGCCCCUCAGUACUACCUGGGGAACCUGCCGUCGAGUGACGGUAAGGAGCUGCUGAUGGAGCUGAGGCAGAGUCUGCAGCCGCAGGGCUACGAGCGGGACGGAGGGUCCGACGAGCUCAGCAGGACUCACAGAGACUCUGAGGGGACGGGAGACGCCCACAAUCAGUCCAGUACUGAGCUCUGCGUUGUCCAAUGAGUCGCAGCCGCCGGGGGACGACGCCACACACAGCUGUCACUUUAUUGUUUGAUCUGAGAUUUGGUUCUUUGUAUGAAAUAGUCUGAUGUGUGAUUUCAAAUGACUGAAAACACUAAUGUACAGUAAUACAUCCUCCACUCAGUGGCUCUGGAAAAUAUUCAAACCUUCAUGUUCUCCAUGUUUUCUUGUGUCUUAACUUUAAAUUUUUUAAUUUUAUUUUAAAUCCUUUUUGUAUUUAAUGAGGGAUUUCUAUGUUUCUAAAUUAUUCUAUAAAAUAAAACCUGUCGUCACUGUGUCACUGACACAAAACUGUAUUUUUAAAUUGAAAACUGGAAGCAGUGAAGCAGUUAGAAUAUAUCAAACCACUGAAACCUGAGAUUCCCUUUAGAAGCAAUACAUACUACUUCAAUGAACUGAGACACUGUUAUGGUGCGACCUUUGACCUUUAUCCCGAUGCCGUUCACAGUUGUGGACUGAUGAACAGCUGCUCAGGGCUGUGAUCUGUAGCAGCGAUGCACAGAGCUUCUAUUUUUUCUGCUUUUCUUACUCUUUGUAUAAUGUUUCCUGUGUUUCUCUCUGACUGUCAAUCAUGACAAAUCUCUGAAGUGGAGUGGACAGGAUGUGUCUGUUGAUACAGACAGAGCUUUAAAUAAAAGUGUGUUUUCAUGUUUGAAACAUCUCAGCUGAGUGCUUUUUACCUUUCAACCACCUCGCUGUGUUUCCUCCUCCUCUGUCUGUAACACUAAUAAUCCUGUGCUGUAUUAAAAACCACGUGCAGAUUUA